AUAAUUAUUGGUUCAUUUACCUCUACAGGGUUUAUGGAGAAUAUCUACCAUGAAGAAGACAAAAUCAUUUUAAUACAUGUAGUGGAACAACUGCAUCUUCCAUUUCUAGCUGAUGCGAUGGUCCUCGAGGAAUGGAAACACGAGGUCCAAAAAAUAGAAGACAAGUUGAAAGCUUUUGAAAAGAAAUACAUGGACAGGUGCAAGGAUUUCAAGAUUCCAGUGAAGUUCAGGGUCGAGGAAGGCAAGCCAGGAGAGAAGAUAUGUGAAGCGGCUCUGAAAGAGAAAGCCAUGCUGAUUGUGUUGAGCAGCCGUGGCUCCGGGCUCAUAAGGCGCACAGUUCUGGGAAGUGUCAGUAAUUACGUCAUCCAUCACACAAAAAUCCCAGUUGUUCUGUGUCCCAAGGAUCAUCUGUAAUGAUCUGUCAUGAGUGGGGAAGGGCAAGCCAAGACUUUCCCACCCAGCCCCCUGAUCGUAAUGUUUUGGAGUGUCUCACAAAAAGCGAAUACCGGUACGGCUUAACUGACUCGAGUUGUAGGUGAUUGUUUCCUUAAGAAGGACCUGUUAAUGAAAUAUAGUUUUAAUAAGGAUGUUAUGUCAUGAAGGAAAGUUGCAUACCAUCCGCAUAUGAAAAAAUUGUUGCUUCAUGUACAUUGAUUAUUAUAAUUAUUAUUAUAAUUACAGUGUAAUUAGUCAUUAAAAUGCCUUUUGUCUGAA